AUUCCUCCAAACGCGUUCACUCGCGCGACUAAUUUUUUAUAUUUUAUUUUUCAAUACACAUAAUCCCAUGCCACUCAACGACAUUCUAGAAUCUCUGGUCGGCCAUUCUGCCAAUGUCGCUUCGGUUGACCUCUCCAAACCUUCAGAGCGUGUGUCCAACUAUUUAAUACCGCCAAAGCACAAAAAGCUCGUCCGAGAUGCGGAAAGUUACGAAUGCAAGCUCUACUCCCUGGGUGGCAACGAGCAAGCUGUAGCCAGGAUUUCAGCAGAGUAUUCAGCACCUACCGGCCCUGCUCAUCGCCAGACGUUGGAGCGACUGUUAUCAGCAGCCAAUACCUUGAAUCAAAUAUGCGAUAAUCCGUCAGGUACGCGGGAUCGUAUCGAGGAAUUGGCGCAAAAGCAUGAAGAACUUCAAUUAAAUAUCGAUUACCUCGAAUCAACGCGAACAAAGAACGAAAAAGAGAUGUUGGCUUUACAACGAUCUCAGUCACAACCCAAAAAACCAACUAAUUACAAGGAUGAGGAUGAAAACGCAGUUCAUCUUCAGCACGAUAUAGCCGAAUACGAAGCCACCAUCGGCCGGUUACAGCGGGUACUCAAGAACAAAGAUGUAUCGAUCAGCCAGUUGUCGGACAGCGUGACGGAACAGUUGGAGCUCCAGAGCCAUUUUAAUGAUAUGGAUAAUAUGAUGGAUGAGUUGGAUGACAUGAGCUUUGAAUAUACGGAUGUCUCUGCAGAGGAAUUAAGCAAUAUGUCUUCUGAAGAACGGGAGCUUUGGCAAUUGCGAAAAAACAUCAAUGCUAAAAAAGCAGAAUUGGAGAAAACGGGUAAGUAGGAGACAUUCAAAUCAUAUUCAAAACAAUCAAAAGUGGCCAGUCCCAGCCAGGAGAUGGAUAUCACGCAUAUCAGCGCAUCAACGGAUGUGUAUGACAAGCUCACAGAAGUAUGGGAGAAAGCAAGGGCAUCGAUUCGACCAACAACACCGAGUGUGGCCGAAGAUAUGCAGAAUGACGUUAUAUCCUUGACGGAACGUAUUGGAUCAACGCUACAAGAUGUUAUCGAUAACCUUCAGCUUGUACAAAGUUAUGACUCUCAUAUAACGAUAUUAGGCGAUGUCAAUCAAACGUUGAUCAACACUGUGAUUGACCAGG